AUGGAAUCCAAAAACAUGUUCGAUAUGUACUGUGCUCCUGAGGCUCCUGAAGCUCCUGCGAGCAGGCGGCAUCAAGGGGAAAGCAGUAAAGCGCCUCUGGCCAAGAAAAAUCGUACUGCAGACCCUCCAGCAAAUGUACCCUCAACAAAUGCAACACCACCUCCUUCUCCCCUCAAGCGGCGAACUCCGCCUGCUCCAGUUGGGUCGACACCUUCCCCACCAGCUCCAGCUGACCAGACUCAGCAGACUGCCCCUGCUUCCACAGGGGGUGACAUAUCGAGCCAUGCCCUAAGAUCAGCCAAGGACAGGAUGGCAAAAAAUUUGAAGCACAAACGUUGCCGAGAAGCGAUGGCUAGGACAGAGACGAUGGACGUCGAUCAGAUCUUAACCCGCGCUCUAAACGAGCUCUCAAGUGCAAUGAUAACCGUGACUGCCGGCCGUCUCCGCUCGGGCGCCAUAACCGAACAGUCCAAGACUUUCGAGCAACGGCAUGCUGAAGAACUCAAAGCUGCCAAAGAAAAAUAUGUUGAACAGCUUGAGGUGGCCCAAAAGACAAACGCAUCACUACUCGAGGAGAAGAACAAGCUGGCUGAGGAGUUAAGGGAGAAGCAGACUGCUCUAGACAAGGCCGUCGAGCAAAGAGACCAGUUCAAGGAGUCUAACCGCAUCAACUAUCGCGAGGCUAAAAAACUUGAGGAGGACCUGAUUGCGAGCAGACAGGAGACUACAAAGCUAGAAGGCCGGAUCGAGGAACUUGAAAAAGCCAACGCCAGCAAUUUGGAGAGCCUACCUUGUGGAGGUCUCUCGGGUGUCUACGGUAGAUCUGAUCAGUCUCGUGAUGAAGAGAAAGAUUUUCCGAUCUUCCACUUAGAAAGGGAUCGUCACGACAACUAA